AUGCAGCUGACCCUCCCUCUCCUGACCCUCCUCGCCGGAGUCUCGGCCGCACCAAUUAAGGGCCUCGACCGCGCAACGAUCCAAGAUGAAUACGACUUCAUCAUAGCAGGAGGCGGCACCGCCGGCCUAGUCCUCGCAAACCGCCUCUCCGAGUCCGGCAAACAGCGGAUCCUCGUCCUCGAAGCGGGGCCGAACCCCGAGGUCGUCUCGGCCUACAAGCCGCCCGGCGGCAACCAGUUUCUCGGCGGGACCGCCAUCGACUGGUCCUUCUACACCACCCCGCAGGAACACCUCGACGGCCGCAUCCUUCGCUACCACCGCGGUCGGUGCCUCGGCGGCAGCAGCGUGACCAAUGGCUUCUACUACGGUCGCGGCAGCUCGUCCGUCUACGAUGACUGGGUCAAGGGUACGCACUUCAACCCGCCAACGGACCACGAAGUCCGAGGCUUCGACGUCUCCUACAAGACCCACGACCCCUCCGCCUACGCCGAUGGUCCCCUCCAGCUCGGAUUCCAGGGCUAUGUCCCGCCCUCGGGCGUAGGGUUCAUCGAGGCCGCUGCCGAGGCUCUGCAGAUCCCCAUCGUCGAGGACCACAACACGGGCAACAGCACCGGCGUGAAGCAGGGGACGGGCCACCUCGAUGCCGGCUUCAUGCGCAGCUCCAGCUACGAUAGUUACCUCAAGCAAGCCGAGGGCCGGAAGAACCUUGACGUGCUGCACUUUGCUCCCGUGUGGAAGAUCAACUUUGACCAGGCGGAAGAGGGGAAGAAGCCAAAGGCUGUGGGGGUUGCUUUCAUGGACCAUCCUACGGGUAUUGUGUAUGAGGUUAGAGCGAAGAAGGAAGUUAUCGUCAGCGCGGGGGCGUUUAACUCGCCUCAACUCCUGAUGGUUUCUGGAGUCGGUCCAUCCUCCCAGCUCAACGAAUUUGGCAUCGAGCCCGUCCAUAUUAACGAGAACAUUGGCCAGCACCUAAACGACCACUCCGUCUUCAGCAUAAUGGCCCUCUCGACACCCGAAUUCUCCACAACAGACAUGGCAGCAACCUAUCAAUCCCUCCGCGCCGCCCAGGACGAGUUCUACACCAACGCCACGGGCGAAUACACGGCCCCCUCGGGCAUCACAAACGCUUUCCAGAAGCUAUCCGCCGACGAGCUGCAGGCCAUUGGUGCGGGCGACGUCGUCGCCGCGGGGCUGGCGAACCAGUCGCACAUUGAGUACCUCUUCGAGAGCGUGUUUUACCCGAGCGGGCCGACGCCGUAUUACACGCCUCGCGGCAACGAGACGUACAUUUCCCUCACGGCGUCGAGUAUGGUGGCGCUCUCUAGGGGAAAUGUUACGCUUAGAUCGAACUCGAUGGCUGAGACGCCGAAGAUCAAUCCCAAUUACUACGCCCACCCAGCCGACCGCAAAAUCGCCCUCGCCUCCUUCAAAUACCUCCGCAAGAUCCUCGCCCACCCGCGCAUGUCAGAAUACACCGUCGGCCCUUCCCACGGCGAAGUCUCCCCCGGCGCCGGCGUCUCGGAGGACGACGAGGACACCGUGCUGGCCUACGUCCGCGCCAACACGAUUCCCAACUGGCACGCUUCCGGCACGAAUCAGAUGCUGCCCGAAGACAAGGGCGGCGUCGUGGACCCGCGGCUGAGAGUGUACGGCGUCGACGGGCUGCGGGUCGUGGAUUGUAGCAUCAUUCCCAUCUUGCCCGAUGUUAAUAUCGUGGGGUCGGUGUAUAUGAUUGGGGAGAAGGGGGCGGAGAUGAUCCGGGAGGAUUGGGGAGAUUUGUGA